CACCAGCCUGCGACUGGCGACCCUUUCGCCGCAUUUGUUCAUCUUGCCUUCUCAACUUACACAUCCUCCCCUUCCCAACAACAGUCAGGCCACUCAUUUUCUUUGAAAGCCAUCUUCGCUUUCCUGACUUGUUUCUAUCUUAUCGAUCCAAGACUUGAGUCUGUGACCCAGUGACAUUCCGUUGACGAAAUCCGACCGCUUUGUGUGCGUGGCGGGGCAAGAUGAAGCUCUCCUUCAGAGAUCUCAAGCAGCAAAAGUUCACGAUCGAUGCCGAGCCAUCAGAUACAAUCGCCCAGGUGAAAGAGAAGAUUGCCAAAGAGAAAGGAUGGGAAUCCUCGCAGCAGAAACUCAUCUACGCUGGCAAGGUCCUCGCCGACGCCAACACCGUCGAGUCCUACAAAAUUGAAGAGAAAGGUUUUAUUGUCUGUAUGAUAUCAAAGCCAAAAGCUCCCCCGGCGGCCAAGUCUGGCAGUCCCUCGACACCUGCUCCAUCAACCUCCACCUCUACGUCCACACCCGCCGCACCAGCUGCGCCUCAACCCAACCAAUCUACAACCGCCUCAAAUCAGCCCUCGACCCCCACGCCUGCUCAAAGCACAGCGGCCACGACCGCAACCGCGACCGCAGCCGCAACCGCAAUUGCAACAGCUGGCUCUGGCUUUAAUGACCCCUCGGCAUUCCUGAUCGGCAACCGCAAUGAAGCAACUAUCCGCGAGAUGGAGGCGAUGGGAUUUCCGCGACCAGAAAUAGACCGCGCAUUGCGGGCAGCUUUCUUCAACCCAGAUCGCGCCAUUGAAUAUCUCCUGAGUGGUAUCCCCGAUAAUAUCCAGGCAGAGCAACAACAGGCGACCCCAGGAGCUGCAGCAGCAAAUCCAACAUCGCCCCCAGCACCUCAGCCUGCUCAGCCUGCUCAAGCCGCCUCGCCUGCCGGAGACGAGCCCAUCAACCUGUUCGAAGCGGCGGCACAGGCUGGCCGUCCAGGUGGUAGAAGAGCAGCCGCCUCAGCGAGUGCUCAAGCAGGGACAGCGACAAACAUGGACUUUCUGCGAAACAGCCCGCACUUCCAGCAACUCAGACAAUUCGUUCAGCAGCAGCCGGCAAUGCUCGAGCCCAUCCUACAGCAACUCGCCGAAGGUAAUCCUGAACUUGCCCAGAUGAUUGGUUCAAAUCAGGAUCAAUUUCUUCAGCUGCUUGCAGAGGAUGCUCAAGAUACUCUCCCUCCCGGUGCAACGCAGAUCCAUGUAACCGAAGAGGAGCGGGACGCCAUCGAACGGCUUUGCCGACUCGGCUUCCCUCGUGACCAGGUCAUCCAGGCCUACUUCGCUUGCGACAAGAACGAGGAACUAGCGGCGAACUUCCUCUUUGAGCAGCCCGACGACGAAGAGCAGUGAUCAGAGGGGUUCAUCGCCUUUAGCGCCAUAUCGAUACAACUGGGUCCGAAACCGAAAGCGGAGUUCUGGUGGUUUGCACAAUGCGUCUUUGGAUGGCCUGCCUGCAUGCGACGUCAAGUGACAGCUUGAGAUAUCAUGGCAGCAAGAGUUGGCGACUGACCUGGUCGCUCAUGUGCGUGGGGAGAGCCUUUCGAUGGCGGUAAUGGGUGUCGCUGGAGGAAACGACAGGGACGAUCAAGUUCUGGGGAGUUGCGCCAACUAUGCAUGUUCUACGACAUACCCGAAUCUGCGUUUCGGUGCAAGUCAAGUCCCAUAGCUAGUCUAGCCAAGUUUUCAUGACAGAUGAGCAAGAAAGGGCAAGUGGUUGACCUGGGCUCGGAGAACUCACAGGCCCAACAUAAUCCCACCCUACGUCCUUUUGGCAGAUCAAGGAAUGAGAAUUACUCGAUCAACCACCCACCAGAACGCGGUUGUUUUGUCCCGAGUUAGAAGAAGAGACUGUAAUGUCUACCCAUUGAGGUCGGUCGCAACUUUCGCUUUUGAUUUUCUACAUUGCCGUCCAUCACUGUGGCACUCCAAUGGCGUGGUGGUCUUUCCUCCUUUACAGUUCAUUGCUCGGAUUCUGCGUCGACAUGUCUGCUGGCACUGUGGUGGUACUGAUUCUUCUCUCUCCUUCCCCCUCGGACGCCGAUGUGGUGGAAAUCGAUGUCGAACUUGACAACACACUGACUGCUUGGGAUGAGGGCAGACUUGACCCCAGCGACGAGUCUGCCCCUUGAACCGGGUCCUCGUGAGCUUCGUCGUUCUCCGCCUCUUCAAUAUUUACUUCUUCUGUGGCCAGUUUCCGCCCUGUGUGUGCAUCGACAUACUCUACUGGGCCGCAGAGACGGUCAACCCUCCAUACGCCCAGUCCUCGCCUCCCCACGACUCUCUCCAACGUCGGCCACACUCCAUCAUCCCCAAAGUCCAAGUCGUCUAGGUUCAAAUGCCGGCGGAAUACUGCCAGAUUGGUCAAACUCAACUGUGCAGGCGGAAGGUUCAUAUCGAUUGCAAAACUGAAAUUGGAGACCGGAGGGUAGUCGAAGCCUGGCGUUUGGGCAGAAGGAAGCUGGGACGAACGUUGAUGGGUAUUGGAAGCAUCGAGACGCCAUGCGCUGAGUGGUGCCACCACAAAGACAUCCGUCUUCUCCUUGUGUAAGAUUAGGCGUUCCACAAGCGAAGGGUCGCAUGUCGGCAUGUGUUGCAUGAGCAUGAAGACCAAUUCAUUUUGCGGAUACCCCAUAAGCGGAACAGUGGAGAUGUUCAGAGACCUGUUGGUUGCGGGAUGCAAUGGCUCAGAGCCGAGAAGGAAGGUCGGCGGUGGGUACGUCUUCCACCAGAAGACUUCGACAUUAUGGGCAUCUGAAUGGGUUGUGUUCAACGAGUGUAUUACCAGGGAAGGUAUGGCAAGCUGCGUUGGAAUGAUUCCACCUUGGUGAUAGAUGCCCAUGAGGAUUGCGAAGAGGGCGUUGAAGAUGACCCAAGUCGUCCAGAAAAAUACUGACAGUAGUUUAGAGGUUGGAGCCCGAAUACUUGUCAGGAUCAGAGGGAUGGUGGGCAGGAGGAAGCGGGGUUCCUGGUGUGGAAUAAAGCUGAGGAAAAGACAUCCUGCUCCAGCAGAGGCAAGCCGAUU